CUUGGUAACGGUUUUCCCUGGAUUUUAUUGUCAAAAGAAAAAUUAAGGAAAAUCAGCUAAACUAAACAAGAAUGUUUCGCCGUGGAAAAUUAUCGUUUCUGAAUACCAAAGAUGAUCGCAUCAAACUAAUAACCGAGCGCAUAAACAUAACAGAGCGACAUUUAUUGGAGAUGUGUUCUUCAUUUGCUUUGGUGACGAGGAAAAUGGCCAAAUACCGCGACUCCUUCGAUGAGCUGGCCAAGAGUGUUAAGAGUUAUGCCGAUGACGAGGAAAUCAAUGAAAGUCUCUGUCAAGGACUGAAGAGUUUCACGAAUGCGGUCACAAUAAUGGGCGACUAUAUGGACAUCAAUGUGCACCGAUUGGAACACAAGAUUGUUAACGAGCUCUCGCAGUUCGAGCAGCUUUGCAAGUCCACACGGGAAAAUUUACGUCUUGCAGUUAUAGCCCGGGAUAAGGAGGUUCUACGUCAACGACAGAUGCUGGAGCUUAAGUCAAAGUUUUCAGCCAAUAAUAGUGCCGCAGAUUCCGAGUUGUUUAAAGCCAAAAUGGAGGUACAGCGCACCAACAAAGAGAUCGACGACAUCAUUGGGAACUUCGAGCAGCGGAAGUUAAGGGACUUGAAGCAGAUAAUCUCUGAUUUUAUUCUGAUUUCCAUGAAGCAGCACACCAAGGCCUUGGAGGUCCUUUCCGCUAGUUACUAUGAUAUAGGGAGCAUUGAUGAACGCGACGAUUUCCUGGAGUUCCAGAAGCUGAUGAAAAGCAAGGAGGAGCCCACUUCCCGAAAGGCGGCCCUAAAGAAGGGUUUGCGUUCGCAGUCUAUGGAUAGUUUGGAGCAUGAGCACCUGGUCAGUCCGCUGAAGAGGCGCCAAAGGUUAUCCAGGAGUAGCAAGAAUCUGGCCGGUGCCGGAAUCAGUCAUGGGAGUAAAACGGAACCAGAGGAGGAAACCGAUGAGCAGGAAGAAGAGGAUGAUGACGAAGAUGAGGAAACCGAGCAAAGUGGAGAGGAAGAAGAGGAAUCUGGAACCGCAUCAGACGAUGAAAGGGAGCCCACCCAGCAGAGCAGCCAGCUCACUCCUCGCGAGAAUGUCUUUGGGGCCAAGAUACGAUCCACUGCCAAAGAUGUAGCCACGCCCUCGUCCGGCGCAAGUGCAACUCCUGCUCCUUCGAAACCGACCAGGCAGACAGUAAAACAUCCUUUCAAGGCUGUGGCAUCCACCCAUGUAAGAUUGCAGAAGCAGUUUCAUGUACCCCAGCACUAGUACUGAAAUUCUUAAACCAGAAUUCAUAUCAGUAUUGCAGGCUAUACUAGUCACACAUUCUAAAUAUAAAACAUAAAAUAAAAUCCAACUUAUCAUAAAUUGAAAACCAAGAAAAGAAUAUCUUAAUCGCUCUGAUGUAAUUAUAAAAAUUAGUUUAUGCCAUAAUUUUUAUUGUUUUAA